CAGCGAUGGCUUCGCUCAGGCAGGAGCACCACUACGGGCUCUGCUGUGGAAAAAACAACAAAAACAGCCCCAACAGGACGCUGUACCAUGUCAAGCUCACGGACACGGCUAUCAGAGCGCUGGAGGCUUUCCAGAACCUCAAGGGAUCUUUACCAAGUGAACCAUCAAUCUGUUUCAAAGGAAACCAAGGGUACAUCAAGAUCCCAGCUCCCACGUCAGAGUCACCUUCUGCUCUUCGUGUCUUCUCCUUCUACUUAUCCAGCGACAGCAAAGACCAGCCACAAGCCAGCUUCGAGUGCAUCCAUCAAUAUGUUUCAGGUGACGGCCGCGACCAGCUGGAAGGUCAAGGCAGCAUCCAGGACAAGAUCACCGUGUGUGCCACCGACGACUCCUACCAGAUGACCCGCGAGAGGAUGUCUCAGGUGGAGAAGGACAGCUGGAGCCGCUCCGCCAUCGAGAUCAAACCUGGAGCCACGUAUCCAAGUAAAUGCGUGAAGUACCACAAGAGGCCAGCGGCUCCUCUGUCUGCCUCAGACAGCAGCUUCCAUAAGCAGUCCACCAACAACCGGAGGAACGGCGCUCUGGCCGCUCUGACCCAGAAGCCCCUGAGGGACCGAAUCAUCCAUCUGCUGGCUCUCAAACCGUACAGGAAACCAGAACUGCUGCUGUGGCUGGAAAGAGAAAGAGCCAGCCCGAAGGACAAGGCCGAGCUGAGUGCCACGCUGGAGGAGGUGGCAAAAGUGAAUCCCAAAGACAGCAGCUACUUGCUGAGGGAUGACCUGUACAGGUACGUGCAGAAGGACUGGCCCGGCUACAGCGAGGAGGAGAGGCAGCUGAUCAGCAGGCUGCUGGCCAGGAAGUUGCAGCCACACAUCAGCAACCAAUCAAGAAAUCUUCAGGCAAACCCGUCGUUGCUAAAACCCUCAGAGGAUCAAAGUGUCGCAAAAACUCCUGCAGUGAAACGCCCCGUGCCUUCUGACUCCCUGGAAAGGCUAGCAGUUAAGAGACAAAAGCUUACGGACCAGAGAUUACAACAGCAGCCGUCUGUAAACGGACUCCUAAACAACAAAGCAGGACACAAUAAUGCAAAUCUUACCCUCAACCCCAGUUUCCACACAAAGACUGAGUUUCAAAGGACAAGUAACCAUCCCGAGAACCAAAAUGGCUUAUCGGGGAGCCACAAUGGCUUCCCUCUAAUCCACAAACUGUCGAGCACCUCUGAUGGACCUGUUUCAGAGUCCAGGGUGCAAGAACCCAAAGGAAGCAGCCUGCAGCCGCCCCAGUGUGACUCUGAUUGUGCUAAACAGCAGCUUACCAACAGCCAGCACAAGAAGAAGAAGUCUAAAAAGCACAAAGACAAGGAGCGGGAGAGGUUAAAAGACAACCAGGGAAGUGACUGGAUAAACACGAGUCCUGAUCUCAAGCAGAAUCCAGACAAACUAGACAAUCCUGACAUCACAAAUGCUGUGGCCUCCGAGGAGAAGCCAGAUUACGUGCUCGCGUACAGCACCAUAAAGAGCUUGGAGCAGCGUCAGAGGUACCAGGAGGAUUUCUGUGCAGAAUAUGAUGAAUAUAAAGAUCUCCAUUCCCGCAUCGCCACCAUAACUCACAUGUUUGUUCAGCUCGGGUCUAAGAUUAAGAGCCUAUCCCCCGGCACACAACAAUAUAAGAUAAUGGAAGACCAAAUACUAGAAAAGUACAACAAGUAUCGGAAGAAGUUCCCAGGCUACCGGGAAGAAAAGAAACGCUGCGAGUAUCUCCAUGAGAAACUGUCGUACAUCAAACAGCUCAUCAUAGACUAUGAUGUCUGUAAGGCGUCCUCAUAGCGUUGGCUCUCAGAUUUUUACAGAUGGAACCCCCUGCGUUGAAUACACAACAGGAGUGUCGAAGCGUUUUUACAUGACAGUGAUGUAAAGGGUUUCGUUUGAAACUGCAGCUGUCAACACAGACCGCUUCUGCUGGGACCACGGACGAUGCUGUGAGCACUAAUGAUAUUAAAUCAAUAGAAGAUUUCACUCUGGUCUUUCUAAGCCUGUUUGUUCUGAAGUUAUUAUUUCUUAAGGGAUGUCUCGAUGUGAAAAAUCCAAGGGAGAGGCAAAAAAACAUCAGCCUUUCUAAAACCGGAGUCAGUGUAAGCCAUUUUGAUAGAAAUAUCUCAAAGCUAGUAAUGACUUUAACUUAUUCACUUUGUUUUUCACACUUGUGAACUCGAACAUUCCUUAAGGCAGUUUUUCCUCUUUCCUUUUUUUUUUUAUACAUUUAAAGAUUUCAAUAAGCAGCAUAAAAGAGGAAGUACUUUUCAAUUCCAUAUCAAAGUGGCUUCAUUUGUAAUAAAUGAGUGAAGCCGCCCACUGCAAAAAACUGAAAUAUUUUUAGUCAUUUCAUCUCAGAUUUAGCUGUCAUGUCAUAUUAUGCAAAUGAAGAGAAAUGAUUCCACUUGUUCCCACUGCAGUUUCCUUUACCGUUUCAGGCAAGACAAGUUUAAAGCUGCAACAGAAACCGAAAGGAAGUUUAUUCUUUGCUGGAACCAAGUGGAAUCAUAUCAGUCCCUGGCUGAACAUAAUAAUAGACAAAAUGAUGUGUUAAAAUGAAGGCAUUUUACAAUGCAGCCAGUGAAAGGAUCAUCCCGUUCGCCUGGAUUCAUAUGGUUAGUUUAUUUCAAGAGUGAAGCAUGUGAUCCUGUCGUAUCGCGCUAAAUUCACAACCCGUUCGAAAGCAGCUGAAUCCAAUGAGCAAAAACGGGAAUCAACUGGUUGAACAUGUUAAGAGCCACCGGUUCGCGUAGAACCUGCUUCAAUAAGUCAAGGUAUAUGCCGUCUCCCAUAUGCACUUGUGUUUUAUCUAAAGUAUUUAUUACCCACACUCCCUUUUCAACACCUGGUGAACGGACCAAAAUGCAUAGACCUUGUUAAUCAAGUAGCAAGUCUAGUUUUAAAGUAUUUUAACCUACUGGAAAGAAGUGUCUUUUUGCAUAGAACUACUGAUGUAUUUAUUUUUAAGCCAUUUAUUUUUCCCCCUCUGUCCUCUGCCACUGUUCUCCUCGGCUUGUAGCAUCCGGUCUUGUUAGAUCAAAGUGUUUGUAUCCAAGCAGCUGAGGGAGGAAGGUGGGAAAGGUUGUGAAUAGAUGAAAGGUAUCAUAAUAUAUUAUGUGUUUUGUCUCUGUCUUGACACACUUGUGGAGAGUCUCUGCGUUUAAGCUGGCCCAAAGGCCUCUUAAUAUCAAUGCUUUAACAGUGCACACAAAGGCCUCAGGUGAGCGGUUAGCCGCCACUUCAGCUGUGUUUGAAAUAGUUCACUUGUACACUAUAAAGGAGGAUAGAAACAGCAUCUAGACACUAGUAUUGUAAGGCACAAAGCAUGGCGGUACUUUAAUGACUACAUUGCACUGCAUUUUUUUUUUGGUUAUCGAUUAAACUAUAGGAUCCUCAUUUAGGAAUCUGGAUAGAAAAUGAUGGACAACACUAAGCUGUGGACUUUAUAGUGUACAGUGAAUGAUUUCAGAAUCAGCCCUGAAUAGUAGAUUUUCAGGAAGAAAAAAAAACAACACACAGCUAUGUUGGUAAAACGUGUGCAUUUGCGACGCCGUGACUAGUCGUGGUGUUUGAAUUUUGUAGCCUUCAAUUUCCAGUUAAUAAUCAGUGCCCAUUCAGAUUGUAAUUGUUUAUUGUGGUUUCAGUUUUUGCACUGAAUGUCACCAUGCAGUCAAUGACAUAGAAGCCUUAAGAUUUCACUUUUGUAUAACAAAUUCUUCAUACUGCCAAUGUCAAGAAGGAGUCAUUAUCCACACACAUCUGUUUCCUGCCUUAUAUUACUGCUAACUGUUACAUUUCAAACUGUUUAAAUGAACGCCAACUGUGGCUUUCUGUAUUCAUAAUGCAAUUUAAUCAUUGUUUAGUGCACACUUUGAUUGGCCAUGAUGACAUAGCUGACUCAUCAGUUGCAUUUGUAAUCCUUCUGGUACUUUGUUUUCCUUUUUUUUUUUUUUUUUUAAAUCAUCAUUGAGGUAUAUGUUUAGGUAUUUAUCAUAAGGAUUAUCAAUGAUGUUUUUCCUGCUUACAAUAUUUCUAUCGACGCCCCAUUUGAGCCUCUAAGCAUUUGAAGUAGUUUGAGUGUCCUCAGUGGGUUCUGCCAUAUUUCAAGCACAAAAAGGUCAAUUUUAAAAGCAACAAUGCUCAGUGACUUUCAGGAAGUGGAUGGUAAUCAUGAGAAGGUUUCAGGAGGGAAAAAAUGAUAGUAUCAAGUGGUUGAUUGAGAGCCAUAAUUUGUGUGACAGUGAUUUUCAAUUUGGUUGUUGAGUAUGGUAAAGGUUUAAAAACAGAAUACUUCUGAUGAAGUCACUGGGUGGGGUUUUCUACUUUUCUGUGCAAAUGGUAAUCACAAGCUCCAUUAACAGGUUGGUAAACUGUUUGUUUUGUUUGUUUUUUUGGUCUUGUGCUGAGCAUUUACAAGGUACCAGUGUGUACUGCACAGUAGGUGUUUCUAUGUACAGCACACCUGCUGCAGGGGGUCUUCAGUUUCAGAGGAAUCAGACAGGAGCGUAUGCAUUAUGAACUGCAUUUUACAAAUGUAUACUUUCUCUUGUGUUCUUGUGCAAAGUUCAAACAAAUAAAAACAUCAAAGAGACUUUC